ACGAGUAAUGGUUAAUCAGUCACGUUGCAGGUCAGUUUGGGUCAUUUUAUUUAAGUUUAAUGUGUUUCAUACUUAAUCAGUUAAAGAUAUUAUAUUAAUCCGAAGUAAAUAUAAUUAAAUAGAGAUUAUUUAAGCCAUGCUCUUAAUUUUGUUGUUAUUUUAUGUUCUGUUCGAAAGCAGUAUUGCAGAAAAUGGCUCUGAUUGGCCGAAAAUUUGUCCAGACAUCAUUACCCGAAACAGAUGGAAUGCUAGAACAGCGCAGGCUGUGGAAUACGCCCUUAUUCCAGUCAAAAAUGUUAUUAUACAUCACACAGUAACAGAAGAAUGUAAAAAAGAAGUUAACUGUACCGCUAUAAUACAAGAAAUUCAAAAUUUCCAUAUUGAUAUAUUGGAAUUUCCUGACAUUGGUUACAAUUUUUUAAUCGGAGGAGACGGAAAUAUCUAUGAAGGUGCAGGUUGGCACAAAGUUGGUGCCCAUACUAGAGGGUAUAACUCAAGAUCAGUAGGAAUUGCCUUUAUUGGUAAUUUUUCAGAUAAACUGCCCAGAUCUAAAUCCCUUAAAGCUCUUAAAGAUUUUCUACAAUGCGGUGUCGAGCUUGGAGAAAUAGACAAAGAAUAUAACCUUUAUGGAGCAAGACAAGUUAGUCCCAGUCCUACUUUAAGUCCUGGAUCCAGAUUGUUUAGUGAACUAAAAACAUGGCCUCAUUUUACAAAUACAACUUAGAUAAAAAGCAUGCAAUAUACUAGACUACCUUUUAGUGUGUUAAUUAUAGGUUUUAAAAUGUACUAAGAAAAUACCUCAUAACUCCACUAGUCGAAUGAAGUGUUUGCAUUUAUACUUGCGAAACGUGUAUAUAAGUAUUAAGCUAAUUCCAUUAAACUCAGUUCAAAUUAUGA